GUCAGUCUGGGCUGACCGAGGCAACAUCCAGCCGACACCAUGUCUCGGGGAAGACGCAUCUGGAACUGCCAUCGCAGUAAGAGGCAUUCUCGUUCCACCAGGGCCGAGCUGCAGUUCCCCGUGAGCCGCGUGGACCGCCUCCUGCGAGAGCGUCAGGGCGCCCAGCGCCUGAGCUCAUCCACACCGGUGUUCCUGACCGCAGUCCUUGAGUACCUGACAGCCAACAUCCUGGACCUGGCGGGGAAGGAGGCCGGCGCCAGCCACAGGAUGCGCAUCAGCCCAGAACACGUGCAGAGGGCUCUGAUCAACAAUGAGAAUCUCUGCCACCUCUUCGAGCCCAACGCCUUCGCUCAGCCCGCAUCUGCACCAACCCCUCGCAAGAGGAAGUAGGGAUGCCCAGGCCCCCAAGUCCAGCCACACCUCAUCAGUAGCUUCAUCUCGCCCCAAACUGCCCACAGAUGAGGGAGGCCUGGCC